AGUAAAUUGUAGGUUAGGUUAUCUAGCUCUAGCAGGUUAACUUUAUUAUUUUUCCAAAAAAAUCACUAAAAGUUAUCUAAAAUGCGACUGUCUCCAGUGUUGAAUCGACAACACAUUGGUUUUAUGUUCAAGAAGCAUUGGAUAGUCCAAGGAAAGCGAGUACCUAUUGAUACUGGCGUCGAAGAACAGUUAAAAGCCAAAGGCAUUAAAGUUGAGGAUGCUCUCGAAUUUGUCAAGGAAAAACCUGAAGCACGAGAGCGCCUCAACAUAGUGGGACCAUAUGAACCUCAGAUUCCACUGGAUAAAAACCACCCUGACUACAAAGAACAGCCAUGCUACACUUUAAAAAGUACAAACGUUCUCCUCGAAGGCAUAUCUCAAGCCCAGGUACUUACAAAGACAAUCAUAGCAGAAAACAAACUACCCCCUAAGAUUGAGGAGCUUGCACAAGUCCCUGCUCCGUCAGCUAUUCACGAAAACAUCAAGAAGGCUAUUCUAUCUGCUAAUGUUUUUGACUGUGAACAAAAGAAGUUACCAAAAAUCAAGGAUCCAGAAAGACCAGCUUACAACUUCCCUAGGAUUCUGGGUAUCACAGACAGGAGACGAAACCAAAUUCUAACAAACAGAUUACUCCAGCUUGUGGAAAAGACCAGUGACAGUGAAGUUUCUCUCUCCAAAUAUGUCCUGAAUGAUGUUGUAAGCCAAACUGUAUUUGAGAAGGAAGAUGACUUGAUUCAGUUCCAAGAAGUAUCUCACAUACUGGUGACCAGCAACAAGCCGGUGAAGCAUGACUUGGAGCAAGAUGUUACAUACACAGAAAUACCUGAUCUGUACCCUGUCAAACAUACUGUCACUUUACCGCCAGAACACUUUUAUGAUGAGACGAGCAAGUACCCAAUCCGCUCCAGCGUGAAGGUGCGACACCCACACACCACAUGGCUGCACUACAACAAGACUGAGGUGAACAACAUCUAUGAGACCCCGGUCACUCAGCAGCAGAUCCUUGGGCGGUCACUGACACAUGCAUUCACAGUGGCCAGUGCUUAUGCCAAACAGUUGCAUGGGGAGGAUGUAAAGGACCUACCAGAGCCAAUAUACAUUAAUUGUAUACAAACAGACGGUCAAAAAUAUCAUUUUGGUGUAUUGGAACUAAACACACUAAAUGUAGAUGGUACUGAAGGCGCCAAGAAUGUCUGGUACAGCAAGAAUGACCUGAAGCUGUAUGACUCAAGUCGCUACUUUGAUGGCAUGCCUGUCUUAGAAAACUAUAACAACAAAGUGUAUGGAUACAUAAAUGCUUUAUAUAACUGUUAAGCCAUCAAGUUUAUCUAUUAGUGUAGUAUAAUUAUAUAAUUGAUAAUUUUAAAAA